GCGGAAAAGGAUGCCAACUGUCCGAAUGAUUACAUUGAAAUCUUGGAUGGUUCGUAUGGAAGCACUGUCGUAAUAGCGCGAUUGUGUGGCUUCAGCUUGCAAGAUGUUGAUGAGAAAACGUUUGUUUCCAGCAGUAACAUGUUACUUGUGCAUAUGCACACAGACAAUGACAAGCAAAAUAGAGGCUUUUUAGCAAAGCACAAAGGUAUUAAACUACUGACCUUCUUGAACCGACACCUGGAACGUCGGAACGCUGAUACAUACCAAAUCCCGGAAUUCCUGAGUGUUAAAAGGGGGUGCUUAAUUCCGUUUGCCGAAAAAGCAAAAUAUAGAAAGCCCUUUGGCAAGGUCUUGACUAGAACAACAAGACUACUUGCUCGUGCUUUCUGGCAUUCUAUGAGUAUUAGGAAGACCCGCAACUUAGUAUUUAAUUCUUAUGACGACUAGAAGUGUCAUUUCGUCAGUGGACUAAAACUUCGGCUUUAAGUAUGACGACGACUGGCUCAAAGGCCCCAAAUAUAGCUACUGCAACAAGAUGGCAAACAUAUUUUCAUUUAAAGACAUUUUCGUUCAUUUCAACUAAGCUUCGUGUUUUCUUGGUGUAGCAGUGCGUUACAAUGUAGUGUUCGGAUUGUAACUCUGCUUUGCUAAGUGACGAGCGAGGCAUAAGUUGAUUUAUACUUCUUGUUCAUUACAUGAUAGUUAUUGAGUCAAUUAUUAUUGAUGGCGGAGUCUCGCUUUGAGUGAGCUCUGUUUGCUGUUUUCUUGUUGCAGUGAGCAAAGAGGCUUUGUUUUCGGGCCUCGCUUUCAUGUCUUAAGAAUUUGGAUUCUUAUUUAGGAGAGGUUGCUGUUGUGCACCUUCUCGGAUUGCACUGAUCUGACCAUCUCCUCCCAAGUAUAUGUGACAAUACAUAAGGCAUCGCGUUUUUAUAAACUUUUGCGUCUCAUUUUUGUAAGUUUUCUGAGUUGUAGAUCGAAUCGGGGGCUGAGUCUCGGAACUUGCCUUGCGAACUUUGCCUACACGUUCUCGCUGGUCUGUCAUUAGUUAUUGACCCAACAUUUUACCACAGAUAUUACACGAUACCCUUUUAAAAUCCUGUGAUCAAUGUUUGGUUUAUGGGGGACACCUAAGUUGCAGGAAACGUAACGGCCAAACUUUUUGGCCAGGGUGAUUAUUCGUUGCUUUUUUUGUGUGUUGUAUUUUCUUAGUACUCUAUCUUUACUGGCUUUCAGUAGUAUUCUGGCGUUCCAACGCUCCAGGUUUCAGCAGAUAUGAUUAUGUAACUGCGCUUGCAAUGUUUUUUAAAGCCAGCAGUAGUGUGAUUAGUUAUGGACAAUAAAUAACAAAUAAGGAAGCCUUGCAUGUGGUCUGUUAUUUAUAUCUAUUUAUUUAUUAUUUUUUAAUUAUUUGUACUUCAGUAGGUCCACAUCAGCCUCUGGCUGCUCCUUUUAACCUACUCAGAUAAAGUGUGUAUGUAUGUAUGUAUGUUCUGUUGUAAAGCAAACAGAAAGGGGCUAGAGUACGAACGAAGUCGAGUGCUCCUCUCUACUUCUUGAGACUAAUCGUUUUGAAAGUUGAUUUGUUUACAAUUCAAAACGACGCUUGUAAUAAUAUUUGCUGGUCAGACCCAAAAGGACUCUGACAGCUAAACUAUGUAACUAUUAAAAAUGAACUAUACAAAUGAAUGAUACAAAUUUAAGAGAUAAUUGCUUACAGAAGGCUCCUAUAAGUAUUGAACUGUCAAAAUGAAAAACUAAAAUCUUGAACUAUGAUUCAUUCAUUUCGUAUUGAACAAUAUCAACAUUAUGUAAACAGAUUAACAGCAGUAAUAGCCUGUGGUAAAAACAAUCAAUAUCAACUUUUUUAUUGUUUUUUUGUUUACUAAGGUAUUUGUGAUGUAAGGCUGACGACUUUGUCGGGAACCAUUAUGUCUCCAAACCAUCCCGAUAACUACCCAACAAGACUAGCGUGCGUAUGGCUUAUUGAUCUUGGCUACGGCUAUCGUACUACUCUGACUUUCCACAAAUUUAUGUUAGAAAAGAACGAAGAAUGUAAAUAUGACUGGCUAUCAGUGCAAGAAGGAAAUUCCACAACUUCUCCCGAAAUAACCAGGGUUUGUGGUGAUGUACUGCCCCUUAUCAUAGAGGCUCCUGGGCCAGUGAGGAUUGCCUUUAAUACAGACGGUGACAAAGAGUUUGAAGGGUUUCAUAUUACAUAUCAGGCACAAGGUGAAACCAAAACCAAACUAAAUGUAGAAAAAUUGCAAUCUAGCGACAGAUAUCUGAUAUGGUGCAGCAGAGGUCAAAAAACAUACAAAACAUUCUUUGCUGAUUCGGCACUCUCAUAGUUUAGGGUAAAAAUCUUCAACUUAAGUAGUGCAGGAGAGAGGUUUUAGGCCCGUUUUUGAACAGGAAUACAUUAGCGCCGAUGAAGUAAUAAAUCUUAUUAAGAUAGGGACCUCGUGCCAUUGACAGGUGGUAUAAUCGGGUUAACAAGUUUAGAGUUGUUUCGGUUGAUGUCAUUGUUUUGAUUGGUUUGCUGAAAAUUAUAAAAACAUUCAUUAAUUGAUUCAUUUUACGAAGGGAUAAGCCCUAAGUUACAUUCCACCUAAAAUCUCUGAUCCGUAACAUAAUUAUGCAAGUUUUUUCUCCUCCCACAGUUAUUACAUCGGUACCGGUUCACUUAUUUUCGGCGCUCACUUCGAGCAAAUUAUUGAAAAAUCUUAAAUCUAUUGUAAAAUGUCUUGUCAGACCAGUUGAAACCAACCAAAAUCGCAAAUGACGUCAUCUUAAUGACAUUCCAACGCAAAUAGGAGGUCUCUGUCUCAAUAGGUUUCACGACAAAGUAUUUUCUGUCCUCUUAAAUAAGAAUCCUGCUCCUCAAAGGGGGGUCUGAAACAUCACUGCCAUGCGACUAAUGUUGCCCUGUUAUGUUUAUCAGUCUCGUUUGACUGAGGACUCAAAAACAUGUAUCUUCCGUAUAUAGAUUUAGUCAAGGCUAAAAGCUAAUCGUCCCUUUAUAUUCUCUAUUUAAGCAACAGAAAACGUUUUCCGUGUUUCCAUAGCCUGACAUAAACACGAGAGGGGUUGGGAGAAUUCGAGGCAGUCAUGCAAACCCGAGACGACGUCGAGGGUUUGCAUAACUGUCGAGAAUUCUCCCAACGCCUCGAGUGUUUAUAUCAGGCUAUGCAAACUCAGGAAAAAAGUAUUCUAUUGCUUUUAUAAAAUAACUUUCCCAAGAAAAGAAAACAAAACUUUUUGUAUGGCACUGAUUAAAAGAGAAAUUCUUACCAGUCGCAAAGUCUUGUCCACGAAGUCUUGCACGCGUAAUCAGUUCUUGUUUCGCAAAAAGUUGCUUUCCAAAAUACGGAUUUUUCUUGCUUAAAAUGUCAGGUUAAGCGAAGAAAAAUUGACACACCUUCUUUGUAACGAUUUUCCAAGUUUCAGCCGACGAAGGAAUGGGUAAAUAAAGUAAACUUGUGGAGUUUUGAACUCGAAAACGUUUGCGUGAUUAGCGCGUGAAAAGCAAAACUUCUUGACGCCACAACCAUGUUUACAUACUCUCAUGCAAAAACUCCUCUCGGCCAAUCAGAGCACGCGUACUAUCUUAGUUUUUUUAUUAAUUACUUUUAAUUAAUUAGUUUAAAAACUAUAGCUUGGUCAAACUCGGCUUACACACAAUUCUCAAGUAGCCCUUUUCCUCUCUCCCGUUGCUUUUGCCAAUAUUGUUUAGACUCGAAAGUUACAGCCAGUACAGGAAUUAAAAUGUUUGAAAUAUCUGCCGACUCUAUAUCUGUAUGGAUAUCGUUAUAGAAUACCCGCUAUAAAAAUAUAAGGCCUUUCCUCAGCCCCUCCCUCGCGCGCUCUCGCGAGGCUCGCUUCGCUUCCCCAAACAGGAAGAGCUUGCUCGCAGGCUAAAACGCGUGAGGCUCAACAUGCAUUCAUGGAAGUUGAUACUUGAAUGUUGAAUGGCGAAAACAUUCGCGACUACAAUAAUUGUAACAUUUUUUUGUUUUAACUCAGGUACUUGCCUUGAUGGAGUGAACAAUUACAGCUGCAUUUGUAAUACUGGUUUUACGGGGCGACACUGCAAUGUUCUUAUUACAAGUUGUAGCAACGAUACUUGUUUCCCCGGUGUGCCUUGUGCGGAAAAUAAUAACUCUAUCUCCUGUGGUUCUUGCCCAUCUGGUUUCACGGGGGACGGGAAAAACUGCAAAGGUAGGAUAGAAAACAAGGUCGUGCAACCUUCAGACUUAAUCUGGCCAAUGUCAGCCUCUCAUAAGCGACCACACCUUCGCAAGCGACCGCGACAACUUUUGAAGAUGAUGGUCGGGUAUUUUAAACUUUCCCCUUAUUCACCGUUCCAACACACCGUUUGACAAAUGGUGUGAUCGAACAUCACUGUAAUAACUUGGACAAUACUACAGCUGACAACCACUGAAGAGACACCGUCGGAGAUUUGUUAUUUGGUAGCGAUCGUUUUUUUGAACUGAGAUCGAGUACAGUAAAGGAAAUGUUCGACCUGUUAUUUGUAACGAGAAAAGUUACCCCUGCAUCAAAUCUUAAACAUAAUUAUGGUUGUUCCCAUACGAAAGGUUCGACUGUAGACGUCUAAGCUAGACAUAUGCAUUGCAAUUUACUCUUCUGAAUUCCUUUGACAGAUAUCGAUGAUUGUGCCAGCCACCCAUGUUUCAAUAACGGUUCGUGCUUGGAUGCUGUCAACAGCUACUCAUGCAAUUGCUUAGAAGGUUUUAACGGAAGUCGUUGUGAGAUAAGUAAGUUUCCACGUUGUACUGGUGUACGCUGUAUUAGCAUCUAUCCACACAAUCAUCCCAUCAACAAUAUAUCUAUCCCUUGAUAAUUUAAUUCGUACGUUUUUCCAUCCCUGCUUUCUUUCCGACUUGUCUUACGCCAAUUUAAAGAUUAAAUUUUCUGCUGAAUAUCUUACUUGCAGAUAUCGACGAUUGUGUUAAUCACACCUGUGCUAACGGCGGAUCUUGCAUGGAUGGUGUAAAUACCUACACCUGCAAUUGUCCACCAGGUUUUACUGGAAUGUAUUGCGGGAAAGGUAAAGUUUCUAAUACUUUAGCCCCUUUAACACUUAUUUUACAAAGAAUCUAA